AUGGAUGGCGAACACGAUGAAGUGACCUCCUCUGUGGGCAGCUCUACGAAGCGUCCUCUGCCGGACCAGCCAGACCAGCCUGACGAUGCGGCGUUGCAGGCGGCCAAGCGGCAGCGCACCGAAACCGAUGGGCAGAGCGAAGAGCCAGCUUCGCCACUGCCGCGGGGCCGGUCCGGCAAGCUGAACCUCAAGGAGGUGCUCGCCCUGCUCAACGCCGACACAGGCGAUGCACAGGCCCAGGGUCUGCGAGCACUUAAGGGUGACGGGCGCCACCUGCACGAGGUGAUGAUCGCCUACGUAGAAUCCUCACCCGAGUGCGUUGAGCUGUUCCGGUUGUGGGAGAACAACCAAAAAGCCAGCGUGCGCGACUGGCAUGUGGAAGUGGGGGUCGUGGAGUGCCUGGCCCUCAUUCUCUCGGGCGGCCACGCUCAGUCCACCAUGCGCCAGACGCGAAUCUUCAUUUGCAGGAGGGUGAUGCGACACCUGAUGAAGACCGUCUACAGCAACCUCGCAUCGGGCAGCACACGCUCGGCGUCCGCCGCGCUGCAGCUGCUGACCCACGUCGUGGGCACCUCCACCGCCACCGCGCGCGAAUUCACACAGCAGUUCGACUUUGCCUUCAAGGGCCUCCCCAAGCUCGCCAAGGCCAAGACCCAGAAGCAGCCCACCCAGCGCGCACCCGAAAACUUCCUGCGGCGACAAUUCAUCAGGUUCUGCGGGGCGUUCCUGCGCACCGGCGAUCUGGGCAUCGUUGGUGCGGUGGUGCGCAAGGGCCUGUUCGCGCACCUGUGGCGUGACCUGCCUCACGACUCCCUCCCGCUCGCCCAAGACCUCCUCCCCGUGCUGCACAAGCAUGUUCUCCUCAACCCGCUUCUCCCCAACAAGCUCAAGCAAUACAUCUUCACACCCUUCGCAGUCGAGCAGGUCGCGCGGCUGCUCAAGGCCGCUUGUGGCCGCCAGGAUGUCAGGCUGCAGCGGCUCGUAUCCAACUUCAUCCGCGACGUCGCUGCCACUGACGCCGGUCUCUUUGGCUCCGCCUCGACUCCCUCCAACGCCAAAGCGGCCAAGGCGCUUUCAGAGGCGGAGCAAGAGAAGCAACGCAAGAGGGAACGAGCAGUCGUGCGCCUCUUGGCCGCCCUCGACGCUAACAUGGACCCCGUGCAGCAGCGCCUCGUGCUCCAAGUCCUCAAGGCCAACCCACGACUCAUUCCGGACUAUGUGGCGGCGCCGAGCUACUCGCUGGACCCGCGGCCGACGCUGCUCUGGCUGGCCAACGUGAACCUGUUCACCAGGGUUCUCUCACUGCCGAUCGACCACCCGUCCGGCAUCGCCCUGCCACCCGCGCCGCUCCUCGGCUCCGCCACCGCCGAACACGAGGAGGAGGAGCGCGACGCCGAGAACUGGGCCGUCAAGGCCGCCGAGCAAGUGGUGCCGCAUCCGGUGAAUAGGGGCGUGCUGGGGCGUGCGCUGCAGCACCAGUCGCGGCUGGUGCAGUCGCACGGUCUGCUGCUGCUUCUCGCGGCGCUCCGACGGGUGGAGGCCGUGCGCGCGCCGCCCGGGCUCGAAGCGCGGCUGCGCCAGGCCAUUGCCGCGCGCCUGCCCGACGUGCAGACCCUCCUGAGCCUCCACCAGCGCUACGCGCCGCGCGCCGCAGCCGGCGAGCCCGACGCCCUCCACUACUCGCUCCUCCUGCGCGCACUUGCCCACUACCAGGUGUGGGAGCUCCUCGAGGCGCAGCUGGUGGACCAGCGCGAGGGCUUGUUCCCCAACGGACCCGCCGAGCUGCGCGCGCCCCUCGGCGCCCUCCUGCUUCACCCCUACGCCUUCGCCGCCCGCCUCGCAUCCCUCCCGCCCCCACCCCCUCCGCUCCACUCCGCCAGCCCCGCCGCUGCCGCGCCCUGCUCGCCGCUCCUCUUUGCUGUGCUCGACGCCCUCGUGGCACGCUCGCGGCCGUCCGCCAACGACGGCGACGGCGACCAGGAGACGGAGGAGGAUGGGGAAGAGAUGGAGAUGGAUGAGGUGGACGAGGAGCGGGUGCGGGAGAGGGCCGCGCAGGAGAUCUACGUGGCCCGCGCAGUAGGAGAGCUGCUGCACUCGGGCACCCGCUACACGGCGCUAGCCAUCGCGCAUGCCCUGAACGCCGCCCUCCCACACAACCGCGCCGCAGUGUUGCCGCGCCUGACGCAGCUGUUGGCCUAUGCCCAGCAUCUGUGCGGGGAGCAGCAGUCCGAUGCCGAGCAGGCCGCCCUUGCCCUCCGACAAGCAUGCGCCUGGGAAUCGGUGGGUCGGGUGCCGCCCAUCUCGAUCGCGCUGGCCGAAGCCCGCCUGCGGAGAGGCCACCCGGAUGCGCUCUUCCACGUGCAGCGGCGCAUCCCCCAACUCACGGACGCCCGUCUGCUUCUCGCCGCGUCCCGUCAGGCCACGGGGUGGCUCGAGGACGCCCACCGCGCUACCGAGGCUCAGGCACUCGAGGUGGUCGAGGACCUCAUGGCCCACGCCCUGUCCUCCUCCUCCUCCCAGGAGGCCUUCGGCGCCGAGAACACCACGACCCACAGCUCCGCCCAGCUGACCUACGGGAAAGCGCGCCUGGCGGCGGCCAGCAGCUCGUGGGGCAGCGGUGGGAACAACAACAACAACGGCUCGAGCAGGCACCUGGUGGGCGCCGUGCAGCGAGCGGCCGUUGGAAGCCUGCCCGCCGACGCCGCCCCGCCCAGCCCGCCCCUGUCGCGCCCCGCCGGAGCUAAAAUUCCCCACCCGCCCUCCUCCGUCUUCUCCGCCCCCGCUCUGGGGAUCGAGGCGCUGCGGGUGAAGGCGGUGGUGGAGGCGAGCAGCGAGGGGGAGGUGGCGCAGGUGGUGUCGCGCAUCCUCGCCCUGCCCUCCACGUCGCCCGUCUUCGCGCCGGGCCACGCCAUCGCGCGCCUGCUUCCUCUCAUCCUCUCCCGCGCGCCCCUCUCGCUCGCGAGCUUCGGGCGGCUGCAGGGGCUGACCCUGCGGUGGCCGGCCCUCGGGCUGGAGGACCACCUCUUGGGAGUCCUCCAGGGCGCCCUCCCCGCGCCCUCUCCGCCACUUCACUUCCUGCCCACCACCACCACCACCUCCACGACCUCCACCCCUUCGUCGCCGGUCCAGGUCACGCAGGACUUUGUGGCGGCCAUCAAGGAUGAGUUCGUGGAGGGCCUGCUCGACCGAGUGCUCCAGGGGAGCGAAGAAGGUGCGGACGGACGCGACCAUCACGCGGCCCGCGAGAUCCUGCGCUUCGUCGCCGCGUGGUCCGCGCACCACCGGCAGCUCGUCCAGCGCCGCCUGCUCGACCGCAGCGUCGCCGCCCGGCUCAAGCAGCCCGACCACCUGCAGCGCCUCCUGCCCGUCGUCUCCGCCUGCCUCCUGCACCACGACGCCCAGCCCAGGCUGCUCGCCGCGCUCGUCCAGCAAACCGACCUUCUCAUCAAAGCCCUCGACUGCGACGCCGACGGUGAAGCCGCGGCGGACUCGCCGGUGGCCCGCAGUGCGGCGCACGUGCUGGAGCGCUGCUACAUGAGCGCCGCGGCGUCGGCGUCGGCUGUGGCGAAGCUCCGCGCGCGCGUGUUGGGUGGUGCCGGCGCGGAACUGCGCAGCUCUGCGCGCCUGUCGCUCGCCUACGCCCUGACCUGCUGCUCGACGGCCGCAGGCGCGUCGGUCCAGAAAUUCAUCGAGCACGCCCUCGGCGCGCUCACCUCCGUCCUCGCGCUCGACGACGCCCACCCCUUCCGCGCGCAGGCCGUCGCCACACUCGAGGCGGCCUUGGCAAAGGCGCGCGAGUGGGGCGUGACGGGACGCGAUGAGGCGGGGCUCGAGUGGGUGAUGUCGCUGCGUGCGGCGGACGACGUCGCGGGUCUGCUGCGCGGGCGCGUGGGCGGCCUCGUGCCGGCCCUCGUUCGCCACUUCUGCCCCGCGUCCGCCCCAGGGACGACCACGGCGACGGCCACCAAAGCCAAGACGGCCCCGGCGCUCUAUCGGUUGGUAGUGUCGUCGCCCGCGUUCGCUCAUGUCCUACGCAGCCCCAACGCCGCAUCUCCGUCCGCCCUCCCGACCCAUGCCAAGCACUCGCUGGCCCUCCUCCUCUACACCCUCUACCGGCAUGGUGGCCUGGAGGUGAACGAAGAGGAGAUGGAGGAGGAGAAGGGCGACACGCCCGAGGCCGAGGUGGCGCGGCGGCUGCUGGAGGCCUACGGGGCUUCGGGGCACCCCACCGACCGGCUGCUGCUGCGCUGUCUGCGCCUCCUCGAAGCCCACGACGCCUGCAACCUCGCCUCACUGGUGCUGAGGUGGCGUCCGAGGACGUCGGCGGGCAAGAAGGGGGCCGACGAGGAGGACGAGGACGAGGAGCUGGACGACGAGGCCUGCGCCGAGCGGCUGCUGACGCUCGUGCAGGAGGGGCGCGCCCUCACGCCCGCCCGCCUGCUCCACUCCCACUCCCACUUCAUCGCCACCGUCUCCGACGACGUCGACGCCCAGGCCGACAGCCGCGCCUGCGGGUGCAACCGACAAGGUUGCACGGAGGUGUGGGAGUCGUACGACGGGGCGUGGGUGCUGCCGUUGGUGGACCUCGCGGCGACGACCGCGCCCGCGAGCGCAGUCGAUGCGCGCAAGCUGGUGGAGGCCGGCACCCUGCCCUACUGCCUGCACGCCCUCUCGUCGCCGUCGCUCGCCGUGCGCCGCAUGGCCAACUCCUUCCUCGUCCACUACACUCAGCUCCUCAAGUCCGCCGACUUCCGCGAGCGCCCGCAGAUCACGCAGCUGUUGCGGGCGGUGCGGAAUGCGAUGGUGGAGGCAUUCCAGCGGUUGCCGGCCUACAUUGCGUCGUUCACGGCGCACGCGGCGCUCGUGGUGCUCACGCCCGAGCACGGCCUCUACAAGCCCGUCAACGCCUUCCUCCUCCACCGCCCAGCUUUGGUGUUGGGCGACAUCCCCAUGCUCUACGAACUGUGGAACGCUUCGGGACCGCAGCACCGCAUCGAGCGCGCCUGGAUCCUGCGGAUCGUGGCCGCGGGGCCGGGCGCGGGCGAGGACCUCUCGGCGUACCGCCGACGACACGUCAUCGAGCUCGCCCUCUCCCUCCUGGGCUCGGGCGCGGUGGACCAGGCAGCGCGCCGUGCCAUCGUCGACCUGUUGGCGCACACGCUGGCCCACGCCGCGUCGGCCGCCCACUUUGUGCGCACGGGCGUGCUGCCCCACCUCCUCUUCGCCCUCCUGUCGCCCUCGGCCCGCGACGCCCCGCGCGGCCUGCCCUACCUCCUCCGCUCGCUCGCGCUCACCCUCCUGCCCGUCCUCCCGGCCCUCCCGCGUCCCACGCGCCUCGCCGCCGCGCCCGACCUGGCCGCCCUCGUCGCCGCGCUCGCCCGCCUUCACCCGUCGCUCCUCUCCGCACCCGACGCGGCCGGCGAGCAGCAGCAGCACAGUGAGGCGGACGAGCGGCUACCGCUGCAGCCGCGCGACGACGCCGGCCUCCACGCCGCGGUGUUCCAGUUCGUCGACGGGCUGCUGCAGCUCCUCCCGCAACUGGCUCGCCGCGGCGAUGACGACAACGCGCGCGAGGCGGUGGGCGAUGGUGGUGGUGGUGACGAUGAUGAAGAGUCGGAGGAGGCGCUGGUCGACGGUGGCGCCGGACCGGUCGGAGUGAUGAUGACUGCGACGGAGCUGCGCCAGGUGGUGGAGUUGUGGCGCUCGGCCGGCGGCGCCGAGUGGAGCGCGCUCGGCGUGCGGCUGGUGACGGCCUCGCGCCUCGUUCGGCCGCUUCUGCCCGCGGCCACCGCCGGUGCCACCAACACGUCGGACCAGCUCGACCGGGACGAGACGCAGGCCGUGGCGCACCUCGCUUCGAGCUGCGUCGACAUUCUGGUGGACCUCGUGGCGCGCGCCCACCAGGACGGCGUGGCGCUCGUGGCGCCGUUCGUGCGGUGGCUGCAGGCGCUGCUGCUGACCGAAGUCCAGCGCACCCGAAGCGUCGCGGCCAAAGACUCGGCCGAAGACGGCGACGGUGUGCUCGGCCAGGCCCGCGGGCGUGUGGGCGGCGGUCUGGUGUGGCUCUACCGACACUGGGCCAUGCCGGACCAGGCCAAGAGCGCCAUAGCGCGAGCCCUCCUUCCGCUCAUCGCCUCCCACCUGCAGCAGCAGCAACAGGCGGAGGCGUCGCGAGGAGUGUGGCGCGAACGAGGCGCCAAGUGGGUGCGGGCCAUCACCGGCGAUGAAGGCGAGCAGCAACCCAAGCACAGAGACGAGCUGCUCCGCUUCGCCGCCUUCGUCUUCGCCGGCCUGCCCCUCCCUUCCUCCUGA